UGUGGUGUGUGUCGCGUUGUUGCUCUCUUCGAUUUUUCGUUGCUUCCUUUUUCUGGCUGCGACUUACGCGGCUCCGAAUCAUACUUUAUUCGCUUUCGUGAAAACGGCGUUACAGCUGCGGGCUCGCCAGGAGCCUACCUGAAAACACAGAGAAAAAUGAGACGAAGGAUAUUGUGGAUUCUGGUUAGCACGGCCGUCAUUCUCACGGAAUGCAACGCCGCUACGGAGAAGGAACAGAACGAGAAGGGCGAGAGAACGUUGGGAAGUUCGAAUUAUAAUUCCUUCCCAGACGAUCUCUACCUGGACGAUCAAGAGGCCUCGGAAGGUUCUGGACGAGGUGGAAGCGAAGGACGAGACGACCUUGAAGCAUCCGGUAGUGGCCUUGGCCCUGACGACGAGGAUGGUGACGAUGAACGUGAAUUCGACACGACCAAUAACAGAAUAGAACCAGUGCCAAAAAAAACAAUUGAACCAAAGGAACCGUAUUCUAUUGAUGAAAGCAACAACAAUAAUAAAGUUCAAACCAACGACGAAACGAUAAACCGAGUGAAUAACGAAGAGGUCGAUGUAAUCGGGCCCUCGACCGGGGAGGACGAGCACGUGGAUAACAUUGGCGAUAGCCAAGACGUUUACAUAAUGAAUCCAAAGCACGAAGACCGUGCCAGUUCGUUCUUUGCACAACCAGGCGUUCUAGCGGCGGUGAUCGGUGGAGCUGUAGUCGGCCUAUUGUGUGCCAUACUCGUGGUGAUGUUCAUCGUCUAUAGGAUGCGCAAAAAAGACGAAGGUUCGUACGCAUUAGAUGAGCCAAGAAGAUCGCCGGCGGCCCAAGCCUUUCCAAAACCUGGCGCACCCCAUCACAAUCGAGAAUUUUAUGCUUGAAGAGACGUAGCCCUUCUGGCUUCGUUACCGACUAAUAUUCCUACCAGUAAUCUUCUGGUAGAAUGUCGCGAUUUCAAGCCAGGGAAUAGAAAGACACGUUCGAUCGAAUCGACGUAUCAAGACGAUCGUAGCUGGACGAUGAUUUGAAUGAUCUAGCUAUUAUGCUCGAUGCUAAUGAUGAUGAUGAUGUUGAUGAAGAUGAUGAUGAUGAUGAUGAUGAUGAUGUUGAUGAUGAUGAUAAUAAUGACGGCGACGAUGACGGCGACGAUGACGACGACGAUGAAAAAAAAAACAAAAAAAAGCAAAAAAACGGCGUAACAUGUGGCAGCUCUUCAUAGAAUAUAACAAAAAAAAUCAUACAUAAAAAAGAAAAGCAGAAAGAAAGAAAACGGGGAAAAAAGUAAUAAUACAAACAAACAAAACAAAUAUGGCGGACGAGAAGACGCGUCGCCGAUCGACCAAUCCAGCGACGAUAAUUACUCUAUUAUCUUAGAGCGUACUCGUUCGCCAAUCAGACACUAGUGUGUAGCGAUUGAAACGCGCUCUGCAGUCCUACCUCCGCUCUCUCCUUCUAAAGAAAAAAAAAAUAUAUAUAUAUAUAAUAAUAGUUAAUUUAAAACUAAAUGAUUCUACGCGCGCGAGCGAAUCUGCGUUUUUUAACUCUUCAUAGUUUUAAUAAUUUAUUAACUAUUUUUUUCUUUUUUUUUUUUAUUUCGAAAUCCAGAACAUAUCGAUUUCGAAAUUUUAACUAAAUCGACGAUGUCUAAUUUAUUUUUAUUCACAUGACUUGUUCCUUCUUUUUUCUUCUUUUUUUUUUAGAACGAAGCGGAUUCAGGUCGAAGCGUUUUAAUCUAACUUUUAAUCCUUUUUAUCGAGUAGCAAUCGAUAAAACCAGCCAUAUUAGUGUUAUCCUUUUUAUGUUUAUCUAAUCUUAUCUUAUCUUUUCUUUUUUAUUUAGUUUUUUUCCUACUUUCGUGUCUCGGUAGCUAUAUCCACGAGCAUAAUCUCGUGGCGAUCUUCUUAUAUUGUUUUCUUUAUCUUUUUCUUUUGUUUUUUUUUUUGUUUUAUUUUAUUUCUCUUUUUAAUAAACUCUUACUAAUCAAAUCAAUCAUCAAUCGUGGUGUAUAUUCGUGCUCUCUAGUAAAUGUGAAAGACGAGACGAAUCUGUAUAUGGACUAUAUUUUAAAGGUGUUCGCGAUCCUGUUCUUUUUUCUAGCUUUUGGUGGAAGGAGGGAAUAUAUAUAUACAUAUAUAUAUAUAUAUAUAUAUAUAGAAAAAUAAUAUAUAUAUAUAUGUAUAUAUGAAUAAAAACAAUAAGAAUUUUCAUGGACACCGAUUCCGAAUGCAUUUACACAAGCCAGUAGGUCGUGUGCGAAAUCUAUGCAUUUACGUAUAGCUGCAUAUUAUUAUUAUUAUUAUUAUUAUUAUUAUUACUAUUAUUACUAUUAUUAAUAUAAAUAUAUAUUUAUGUGUGCAUAGUAAGAAUGAGAGAGAGAGAGAGAGAGAGAGAGAGAAAGAGAGAACGAGCGAAAGAAACAGAAUGAAAAGGAGAGUGAAUGAAAGAGAGAGAGAGAGAGAGAGAAACGUGAAGUAAAAUUUGUGUUGUUACACAAUAAAAAAGAAAUAAGUAAAGAAAAGGGCCACCACAUUAAUAAUAUUGUUGAUUUUUUUUUGCUAUCUUCCCUAAGGGAAGAAAAAAAGAAGAAAAAGAAGGAAUAAUUAGCGUCGUUUCUUUCUUUUUUUUCCUUUAAUAAUAAUGCAAUCGAUGUAAAAUGUUAACGAUCGAAUCUUCGUUACCUUUUAUCCCGAUUACUCGAUUAAAUCGUAACUGCGUUUCCUAUCAUUUUACUUACAAUGUUAUAAUUAUGAACGAAAAACGAAAUAGAAAAGAAAAAAUACAUAUUAAAAAUACCAUCAAGAUUAAGAGCAAGAUAACAACGAGGGUGAUGACGAUGAUAGGGGACGAUAUGGGUUGAGAAUUUGUCGAGAUAAAGGGUAAACGAGAUUUAAACGAGAAAAUUAAUGAUGUUUCUCACACACAAAUGUGUAAUAUAAUAAUAAGCCUAUGAAUGAUUAUAAUUAUAAUUAUAUAAGUCGAGUCGAUCGUUUAGCGAGCAACUCUGUACAUAUCGAUACUUGAUUAACGAUCGACUGCUUUCAAUUUUUAUUUUUAUCUUAUCUUAUUUUAUUUUAUAUUCCUUUAUUUUUUCUUUAAACUUAUAUGUCUCUCGAUAAUCGAUCGAUAUUUGACGUUUUCUCGUCCAUGCAAUUUUAAAUUAAUUAAUUGAUUGAUUAAUUAAUUGUAUACUUUGGCUGAACGUUUGCGCCUUAACGUUCUAUUCGCUUUUAAUUUUUUAAUAUAUAUAUAGACAUAUAUAUAUAUAUAUUUAUUAAAAGAAAAAAUAUAUAUAUAUAUUUAACGAAUAUAUGCAUAUAUAAUAUUAUUAUUAUUAAUUGUAAAAAAAAUAAUAUUUCGAUCGUCUAAUACAGUGAACCGGUUUCAUUGGAUCGAUCUAAUUCAAUAACAAUGGUUGCAAUGUUGAAUUAAUUCAUUUGUAAUAAUGAUUUUCAAUAGAUUUAGAUCAUUCACGUGAUUGCAUUUAUUUCUAAAAAAUUCUAUUAAUCUUUUUAACCAUAAAUGGUGUCAUACAUAUAUUUGUAUAUAUGUUUUAAUUUUCUUUUCUUUUUUAAAGAUCGGAUAUACGUUCGUUGAAAUAAAAAAUUAAAAUUUUGGUGCGCUAUAAUGGAAAAAUGGCGUCGCUCCCUUCUUCCACCUGACAAUGACGAUGACUACGACGACGAUGAUAAAAAAAUAAAUAAUAAUAAUUAACGAAAUAUUGUAAAGAGAAAAAUAUUUAUCAUUUUGUUUGAUAAACGACGAGAGCGAGAGAUGCUCGCUUAAUAUUAUUGUCAUUUGAACAUAGGACCAAAUCUAUUUCUCGUAUAAAUCAAUCCCAUUUAUAUUCGUUUAUCAAAAAUUCGAAUGAAUUAGAUCUAACAACUUUUUCGAGAAUUUUUAUGCGUCCGUUUCGAAUCUCUCCCCCGUGUGUAAUUUGUCGUAAAUUAAAAAAAAAAGAAAUAAUAUUAAUAAUAAUAAUAAUAAUAAUAAUAAUAAUAAUAAUAAUAAUUAAAAAAGAAAUUUUUCGUAGCAUUCGAUGAUAUCGUGUCUAAUAUGCGAAUGUAAAAUUAACAAAAAAAGAAAGAAAUGAAAAAAGAACCGAUAAGAAUUAUAAAAACUAAUAUAUAUCUAUAUCAUGCCGGUACUGCCAUAUUAUAUUAUAUUACAUGAAAUCUAACGAUUUGGCACGAACUUACACGAAUCCGCCUUAUUAUUGUUACUCUUAUAUAAAUGUGUCGUCCAUUAUUGGUCAAGUCAAGUCAAGUCGUUCAUAUAGUAUAUUAUCUUAGUAAAUUUUCAUCAUGAUUACAUAUUUAUUAAUUAAUAUUUUCUCUUCUUGUGGAGAAAAAUUUAUUUCCAAAUCCUAUUUGGAUGAUUCGGGAAAAGAAAAGUAUAAAAAAUAUUUUUUAAUUAUGCGCACAAAUUUUGUCGAUUCUUUUUAUAAAUUAAAAAAUUCUAUUAAUAAUAUCCUUAAUAACAUUUCUAAAUGUCGAUUAAAGGGACAUCUUCGUUGAGCCUACGCGAUCAAGUACCGGAACAUGAUGAUCUUUUCUUUUUAUUUUUUUUUAUUCUUACUUUUUUUCUAAUUACACACACACACACACACUCAUUUUUGUUAUUAUUGUUAUUAACUUUAACAAAAAUCAGAAAAAGAAAGCUUUUCCCUAGCUAAUUAAUUACUUAAUUCCUCUUCGAGAAGACACCUUUCGCCAUAAACAAAAAAAUAUUUAGUAAAAUAAAAUAAAAUAAAAGAGGAACCUGAAACUGAAUCGUAAUAUUUAUAUAACGUAAUAAUUAUCGCGUGUGUAUGCAUAUAUAUAUACAUAUAUAUACAUAUACAUAUACAUAUACAUACAUAGACAGAAUUGUUUGUUAGAUAGCAAUUAAUUGUUCACACACAAGGCGUCUUUGUUGAAAAUUGAGAUAUCAGAACGAUGAGAAGAAAGAAAUGAAGAUAUGAAGAAAGAAAAAAGAAAAAGAAACAAAAAAAGAACACGAAUAAGCAAAAUGGAAGAAAAGGUGUGCGAUUAUAUACCCCCUUUUCUUUUUUUUUUACAUCAAGCUCGCUAUAACACGCGUUUUAUUAAUACUCGGGAGACAUUGUCUACAAAAUUAAUUUAUAAAAAAAUAGUGAAUAUAAUAAUUGUAUGUAAUGAAAACAACAUAUUUUAUAAGAUGACUUAUCCCAUAAGAUCGCGUUAUAGCAAUUAAAAAAAAGAAAAAGAGAGAAAACUCACAUAGGCCAGGCGGACUAAUAAUAAUAAUAAUAAUAAUAAUAAUAAUAAUAAUAAUAAUAAUAAAAAUAAUAAUAAUAAAUAUAUAAUAAUUAAUAAUAAUAAUAAUAAUAAUAACAGUACUAAUAAAGAUAAGAGUAAUAAUAAUAUAAUGAUAAUAAUAAUAUUAAAUAAUAAUAAUAAUAAUAAUAAUAAUAAUAAUUUUAAGAAAUGAAUCCGAUUAAUAUUAAUAUUUAAUGAUAAUUAUUAAUUAACAAAUAUUAUUUUCUAAGUGUAAGUAUCGUUUCUGUAGUUUCUUCUGCCCCAUAAACAUAUACUAUCCACGUAAAUACACGCAAUACAGACACACACACACAUAUAUGUAUAUAUAUUGAUCACAUAACUGUGUAUUAAACGAAAUACAUAAUGUGGAUAUGUAUAUAUGUAUAUGUAUAUGUAUACAAAAAUAAUGUACGCAUGCAUUCUUCACCCGCGAACAUUGACCUCGUAUAUAAUUUUUUUUUUUUUUUUUAUUAAUUACUCUCAAAUUUAAUAAAAAAAAAAAAGAAAAAACAUCGCCUUUUAACAUUCCUGCCCAAGUACAAUGUAGUAAAACAUAUGUACGAUGACAAGAUGAGAAUUUUGAGAAUAAUUAUCGCGGGUUGCGUACAUAAAUAAUAAUAAUUAUUAUUAUUAUUAUGAUUAUUAUUAUUAUCGAAUUAAUUGAUUCAUUGUGAUUAACAAAGAAUUAACAACAAUAAUUAUUAUUAUUAUUAUUAUCGUAUUUAGUAUCGUAAAGAAUUAAACAGUGUAUGUCGUCGCUCCUAUUCUGUAAAUAAAUAUUGUAUUCUGUAA